AAGAGGAUGUGCGUGGAUGUCUGUGUUAUCACACUGUGUACUGUCUUUUGGUACAUUGGAGAGACAACAUACUCACUCACAACAGUUUUCCUUUAAAUACAUAUUAGAAGACAGGAUCAUAUAAAGUUUUCAUUGGAGUCUAACGUUCAGAGAAUUAAUGGGGACGAUUUCUGAAGACAUCAGAAGGCUUCUAGAAGAUUGUGAGCUGUUUGUCUCAAGUAUUUUGCAGGAUGAGAACCUCAGUAGACAUGCUCAAGAAACAAGAGAAAUACUAUUAAACAAUUUUCGAGUUGUCCACAACAGAAACCCACACGAAUUUCCAUACAGAUCUGAUCUUAGACAUGAGGACAGUUCAGAUGACAACCACAGUAGCCUGGGACGCUCUGCCCCAUCUGAUGAUCUGUCUGUGGCAUCAGACUAUCAGGAGGACACUGCGCCUGAAUAUUUUGGAGAUAUUCCCACAGUGGCAGCACAAGAUUUGAAUAAUAUUCUGAAGCAGGGCUAUCUGGAGAAAAAAAGACGCGAUCAUAGCUUCUUCAGCAUGGAGUGGCAGAAAAGGUGGUGUGUCCUGAACAAUACCAUAUUCUACUAUUUUGGAAGUGAAAAAGACAAACAGCAGAAAGGAUCUUUUUAUAUCAAUGGCUAUAGUGCAGAGCUGGUAUCAAACUUGCGUAAGGACUCCAAGAAAAAUUGUUGCUUUGAGAUGACUGCUCCUGGAAGGCGUACUUACCAGUUCACUGCCAGCAGCCCCCGAGAGGCCAGAGAAUGGGUUGACCAAAUAAAUUUUGUCUUAAAAGACCUGAGCUCCAGCUUCAUCCCCUUUGAUGAUGACGAGGAAGAGGAAGAGGAGGACGAAGAGGAGGCAUAUGAUGAUAUUGAAAAGGCAGCAACUCCACCACCACAUCCUGGGCAGGUCUCCACAACUGCCCUGGCUUCAGCACCACCACCUGGUGGCCAAGAGGUGAAGAAGGUCAGAACAGGGGCAGUCAGAGGGGAAGAGGAAGAGGAGGAAGAGGACAUCUAUGAAGUGCUACCAGAGGAUGAGCUCUCUGAUCAGUCUGAAGAAAGCUCUAAGAAGAGCCAAAGAGCAGAUACAUCAUCAGACUAUGCCAAUUACUAUCAAGGCCUGUGGGACUGUGAAGCAGACAAGCCAGAUGAGCUCUCAUUUCAUCGAGGAGACCUCAUCUACAUUCUGAGCAAGGAGUACAACAUCUAUGGCUGGUGGGUUGGUGAGCUGGAUGGUGAUAUUGGCAUUGUACCCAAAGACUUCUUGCACCCUGCAUACAUUGUUUAACCUGUUAAAGCCCCAGUUCUUAUGCAUGGACCGUGAACAAUCUUCGAGCCUCACCAAAAUCACCACAGAUGUGUCACCACUGUUUACUACAACCCGCUGAAAAGACAUUAUUUUAAACACAAGAUUAGCAAUAUGUAUGUAUGUAAACAAAAACUUUAAAUUAGCAUGCAGUGAAUAUGAUGGGUGUGGGUUUCCUCAAGGUUCUCUGGUUUCCUCCCACAGUACAAAGCCAAGCAGAUUAGGCUAACUGGCUACUCUAAAUUGCCCACAGGUGUGCAUGUGAGUGUGAAUGGCUAUCUGUUGUUCUGUGUUAGCUCUGUGAUAGACCGGCGACCUGUCCAGGGGUGAGCACCGCCUCUCACCCAAUGUCAACUGGGAUUGGCUCCAGCAACCCCUUGACCCACAAUGGAUAAGCAGCAUAGAAAAUGGAUAGAUGGAUGAAUACUAUGGCCAACAUUCUCUCAGUAGUGAAAUCUGUUGUUCCUGCUUUAAUAAACUGGUCAGAGAGAACUGUGUAAAA